GAAUUCGCUACGGUUUGCGGAUAAAACUUGGUUAUUUUUCUUGAUAAAUUUGCUAAAUCUUUUAAGAUGGCGGAGAAAGUUGAGGAAACUUUUGAGCAGAAUAAAAUAAAAAUAAAUGUUAAAACAGCUACGAAUAAAGAAACUGUUGAAAUUUCUGCUACCGCUACUAUAAAAGAAUUGCGUGAAGCAGUCCAUGUUAAGUUUAAUUCACCCAUUGAAAAGUUGUGUUUGAUAUUUGCUGGAAGAAUACUUAAAGACCAGGAUACUCUUAAAUCAGAAGGAAUUCACGAUGGAACAACUAUUCAUCUUGUUAUAAAAAAGGAUAUAAAGACCGAAGACCAACCUCCUAACCAAUCCACACCUGUUGUAACAGCACCAUCUAGACCUUCGCCUGCUCCAACUCCAAACCCGAUAAAUUCAAGGUUGCCAAUUUUUGAAGGACUUGGUGGAGUAGGUAACAUGCAACAACAGAUGGCCCAACAGAUGAUGAACAAUCCUGAAAUGUUGCGUCAAGCUUUAGACACUCCAUUAUUUCAGAGUAUUUCAUCCAAUCCUGACCUUUUGCGAUCUAUUAUAAUGUCUAAUCCUGAAAUGCAAAACUUAAUAGAGCAUAAUCCUGAAAUCUCUCAUCUUUUAAAUAAUCCAGACAUAAUGAGACAGACAGUAGAAAUGAUGCGCAAUCCUUCAAUGAUGCAAGAGAUGAUGAGAAAUCAAGAUCGUGCUAUGAGCAACCUAGAGAGUAUACCUGGUGGAUUUAAUGCUUUGCGGCGAUUAUAUACUGAUGUGCAAGAGCCAAUGAUGAAUGCUGCAGAUGAACAAAUAAGAGGCCAGUUUGGUCAAAAUCCAUCUUCAACCAGUACAACUCAUAUAUCUAAUCCUCAGCUCGGUACAGAAAAUUUAGACCCGUUACCUGACCCAUGGAAUCCAAAUUCUCGCCCCUCAAAUCCUCCAUCUUCAAGAAAUACUGCUGCGAUUAAUCCUUUUAAUUUAUUUAGUGCAAAUGCUAAUUCAUCGUCGACUCCAGGAUCUAAUGGAAAUAUGGCAAGUCUUUUAUCACAAGUACCUAAUCCUGAACUUACCUCAAGCAUGAUGGAGUCACCAAUAAUGCAACAAAUGAUGAAUCAAAUGAUGAGUGAUCCCAACAUAAUGUCAUCGGUUUUACAGAUGAAUCCAAUGUAUGCAAAUAAUCCGGAAUUGGCCAAUCAAGUUUCACAGCAACUUCCACAAAUUAUGGAAAUGAUGCAAAAUCCUCAAACAAGAGCAGCCUUUACUAAUCCCAGAGUUCUUCAAGCUAUCCAACAAAUUCAAACAGGAAUCGCAACUUUACAAGCAGAAGCUCCUCAACUUAUGCCGAUUUUUAAUCUUCCAUCAAAUUUAAAUGGCACGCCAUCGAUGCCAGCUAACAAUGCUUCUUUAAACCAGUUGUUUGGUCAGCUUAUGACAAAUAUGGGGACCACACCAGGGGAAUCGAAUUUAACUCCUGAGCAACGUUAUCAAACUCAAUUGGACCAGUUAGCUUCUAUGGGGUUCCUGGAUAGAGCUGCAAACAUUCGUGCUCUUACCAACACUGGAGGUGAUGUAAAUGCAGCCAUCGAAAGACUGAUUGGUGGAUCUUAGCUUUUUUAUGAAAGUGGUUGAAAAGAUAUUUUUCAGAAAAUUUUAAAAAUAUUUUUACAUCAUAAAAAAUGUUUUCUUCACAUAAGUUCAUAAAUAAAAAAUGUAUUAUUGAAAAGAAAAAAAAUUUAAUGCAAAUGUUUUUUUUUGUUUUUGUUUUUUUUUUUAAGUUUUUUCUUUUUAAACUAUUUCUUUAUAAGUUAUCUUCAUUAAUUUUGAAUUUAAGAAAACUUGGUUGAAUCUUAAUGUGCUCUUCUUUUAAUUAAGCUAUGUUUCUUUUAUUGUUUGGUUUAAUUAAACUAUGUUUCUUUUAUUGCUUGGUUUAUAUGCUAUCAUUAAAGAGGUCGAUAUUUAUUUUUAAAUGUAAAUGUAUGCAAUGAUUGUUUCUAAUUAUUUUUUUAUUCCAACUUAUUAUUUAAAUUUUGUGAUAAUUUUAUUCAUUAAAAUAAAAAUUCUGAAAUUUACUGAAUGAGGAAUAUUUUUAAGUGUGUCCUAUCUGUAUAUAUCUCAGAACAAUAGAUGAGUGUUUUUGUUUGCUUUUUGUU